AAAGUUCCUCACCACGUGGUACUUGAAUAAAAGCAUGGAGGCUGCUGUGUAUUUGUGCUCUGAUCCAAAUAUCACUUUUGCUAGCGCUUUGCCUUUCUUUGGAAGAACUUAACCGAUAUCGAUAUUUUCCCAAUUGAUAGAUUCGGCCUCGGGUGUUUUGAGCGGGUCGAGACGGAGCAGCAGCAGCAGCAGCGAUGGAGUGGUUCGGGACUGGAAACUCCCCUAUGUUUCCCGAAGAAGAAGAGGGUUACAGUGCCUCUGCCUCUUCUGUGCCAAGUAGCUUUCACAGCUCAUCACUGCAGGAGGAUGCCAGUGCAGAGUCCAUGGUGUCCCUGUGCCAGAGACAGCAGCAGUGUGUGAAGGCCUCUGUUUCCAGCUGGCAGUUAGUGGAGGCUCAGGACCAGCUGUGUGGGAUGGAGCUGCACGGCUCCGAGAGCGUCGAGCAGGAGCGCGCCCGCGCUGUCGCCGGCCAAUCGGAGCUCUCGCAGACUGAACAUGAGUGGCGCCGGAAGGAGAGCAUGCUGGGAGGGAGCAGGAGCCCCGUGCUCAGCGCUGACAGCAGCCGGGACAUGUUCGACAAGAGUAUUAUUAAUAGUAAAAACGUUGAAUUGGAGGUUCACGACAAGAGCAAAACCUUUGUUCAGAAGUAUGAAAAAGAAUUGAGACAUUUUGGCAUGUUGCGGAGGUGGGAUGACAGCCAGCGCUUCCUGUCUGACCUGCAUCACCUCAUCUGUGAGGAGACGGCCAACUACCUGAUCCUCUGGUGCUUUAGACUUCAGGCCGACGAGAAAGAGGCGUUGAUGGAGCAGGUCGCUCACCAGGCUGUUGCUAUGCAGUUUAUCCUGGAGAUGGCCAGCACCUCCCAGCAGGAUCCCAGAGGCUGCUUCCGUCACUUCUUCCACAAAGCCAAAGCAGGACAAGAGGGGUACUUAAAUGUCUUCCAUGCUGAGCUAGAGGCCUUUAAGCAGAGAGUAAAAGAGUACACUGUCAAGUUCAAAGGAGAGACCCUCUCCAAUGACACACCGCUCCAGAGCAGUACAGCACGCUGUCAUCUGGAUCCCAAAGAGGUUCUAGAAUCUUUACCCCCAGAUCUGAAGGCAGGGUUCCAGCUGCAAGACAUGCAGAUUCUCCAGAAUGUUCUCAGCACCAUGAAUCCACAGGUGGCAGAGUACCAUGUGAAGCGUUGUCUGGAGUCCGGCUUGUGGACGAACAAAGAAGGGAGACGGUCCAAGGAGGAAGUUAAUCCAGAAACAGACGACCUGCGCAUGAUGGAGACAUAACGACUGUGGUGCACACUCCCUCCAUCUCUCCCAUAGGAAUUGACACUCUCAAUAGGAAAAGGGCUGAGCUCCCCACAGAGACUUAUUUUUGUAUGCAGCAGAAUCUGCGCCUGAAUGUGUCUUGCACUUUAUAUUUGUUCAAAACAAUCUAUUUAAAGAAAGCGAGUGGUAGGUAAUUUGAGGCACUUACCUUACCUUUUCUCAUAUAGCUAGAGUAUCUCUACUCAUGUCAUAUCUUGAUUGUUUUAGCAGAGUGAACCUUGCUUUGUAAGGAAGUCAUCUUUACACAUGAAUUUACAAGAACUACUUCAAACUUUUUAGAAUUGUUUUUGUUUAUAUAUUUUGGGGUAUUCCUGUGACUCCGUUAAUCAACCUUAUGGGUGUGAAGAAGGGAGAUAACAGUCCAUCUACAGUAGGCUUCACAAGUAGGAAGUCUAGCGGUUAAGAGCGUUGGGCCAGUAACAGAGAAAUUGGCCGUUCUGCCCUCGACCAAAGCAGUUAACCCCCAACAAUAACUACGGGCGCCAACGACAUGGACGUUGUUUUAAGGCAGCCCCCCGCACCGCUCUGAUACAGAGGGGUUGGAUUAAAAGCAGAAGACUCAUUUUGGUUGAAUGAAUUGUUGGGCAAAUGACUAGGUAUCCCCCUUUCCUUCCUUUAGUAGGAGGGGAAAAGCCUGAGCAUUACAAUCAAACUUGCUCUUGUCGUAAAUAAAAGUGCACCAUGUUUUGGUUGAAGAAACAAGAGGCCUAAUCCUGGAGUCCUAUUUCUGCAGUCUCUAACGUUCUGUCCAACACCACUGAGCCACUCGUCAUAGACAGAAAACUGUCAUAGACACGUGCAAACGCUCUGGGCCCAUAUUCACUAAGUGUGAAUAGGAGUGCUAGUCUAAGGUCUGGUCAACACCUCCAAUAUGGUUUGAAAGGUCUGCCCUCCCCCCUCUAAUUCAUAAUGGUUUAAAAGGUCUGCCCCCCCUCUAAUUCAUAAUGGUUUG